GCAGCCGGCGGCACAGCAGCGCAGCAUGUGCGUGGAGCCGGACGGGGAAGAUGUAUGUGGGUUAUCUUUUGGAUAAGGACACCAACAUGUAUCCCAGCCCCGUUCGGCAUCCCAGCCUCAACCUCAACCCCCAGAAUUACGUGCCGGGGCCGCCCCAGUACUCGGACUUCGCCAGCUACCACCAUGUGCCAGGGAUUAACAACGACCCGCACCACGGGCAGCCGGCGGCCGCCUGGGGCUCUCCCUACACCCCUGCCAAGGAGGACUGGCAUUCCUAUGGGACCGCCGCCACGCCUUCCACCGCCAGCACGGGGCAGUUCGGGUUCAGCCCCCCAGAUUUUAAUCCCAUCCAGCCCCCAGGCUCUGGACUCCUGCCUCCACCCAUCAGCAGCUCGGUCCCCCAGCUCUCCCCUAAUGCCCAGAGACGCACCCCAUACGAGUGGAUGAGGCGCAGCAUUCCCAGCACCAGCAACAGCGGCAAAACCAGGACGAAAGACAAGUACCGGGUGGUGUACACAGAUCACCAGCGUCUGGAGCUGGAGAAAGAGUUUCACUACAGCCGCUACAUCACCAUCCGCCGCAAAGCUGAGCUGGCUGCUGCCCUUGGGCUCACCGAACGGCAGGUGAAAAUCUGGUUUCAGAAUCGGAGGGCGAAGGAGAGGAAGGUGAACAAGAAGAAGAUGCAGCAGCAAAGCCAGCCCACCAGCACCACCACCCCGACCCCACCAGCCGUUGGCACGCCAGGACCCAUUGGUGGCCUCUGCAGCAGCAGCGCCCCAAACCUUGUCUCCUCAUCUCCACUGACAAUCAAGGAGGAAUUCAUGCCUUAGCCCCCCUUCACCAGCUAUAGAUACCAAGAGAUAAGCACUAUGCAGUAGAGC